AUGGCCUCCAAAGCUCUAACUCAUACCGACUACACCGUCGGAUGGGUUUGCGCACUGCCAAAGGAAUUCAUUGCCGCUGUGGCGAUGCUUGAUGAAAGACACGACGACAUCCCCAGGCAGCCUAAUGAUCACAACGCUUAUACUCUCGGUCGUAUAGGCUUGCACAAUGUUGUCGUGGCAUGUUUGCCAAAAGGUGAAAUUGGCACCAACAAUGCAGCAACGGUCGCAACUCGGAUGACCUCUACUUUCCCAUCAAUCAAAUUUGGCCUCAUGGUCGGGAUCGGCGGUGGAGUGCCAAAGUCUGUCAGGCUGGGUGAUGUGGUUGUCAGCACCCCUGAAGGCAAGUUUGGCGGAGUAGUACAGUGGGACUUUGGAAAAGCCCAACAAGGUGGCACUUUUGAGCGCACGGGAUCAUUGAAUCGUCCCCCUGCGGAACUACUCGCUGCCCUGACAAAGGUCGAGAGAGAGCAUGAAAUGAUAGGUUCUAGGAUACCACAGUACCUUAAAGAUCUGGAGACAAACUGGCCCAGGCUUGCACUGAAGUACACCCGGUCUGCGUCUUUGAAAGAUGUUCUCUUCAGAGCAGAUUGCGAACACGUUGAAACGCCCAACACCGAGGAGAACCAGGAGGAGUACGAUGAGGAUGAGGACGAGGAGGAGGAUGAAGAAGAAAUCCCCUGCAUUCACUGUGAUCAGACCAAAAUUGUCCGCAGAAAACCCCGUGACAUGCGCGUCCAUUACGGGCUGAUUGCAUCUGGCAACCGAGUGGUAAAAGAUGCUCAGUUUCGGGACGAGAUCAACAAAAACCUUGGCGGCAAAGUUCUCUGCUUUGAAAUGGAGGCAGCAGGGCUAAUGAAUGACUUCCCAUGCCUUGUGAUCCGAGGUAUCUGUGACUAUGCAGAUGCGCAUAAGAACAAAAAAUGGCAGGAACAUGCAGCGGCCGUUGCUGCAGCAUUUUCAAAGGAGCUUCUCAUGUUUGUUCCAGCACAGGAGGUGGAGCAGAUGCCUGCGAUAAAGCAGAUCAAAGAACAACUUGAAGGGGUGUCCAAUGCUGUCGACGAGAUCCGCACCCACCAACGAGACCACCAACGAGAUCAAGAAUAUCAGGUGAUUCUUGACUGGCUCACGCCUGUAAAUUAUGCUACUCAACAAAAUUACUUCAUGACCCAAAAGCAAGAAGGUACCAAUGAGUGGCUGUUAAAAUCAAUGGAGUUUCAGAACUGGCUAGAACACACCAACCAGACCUUGUUUUGUCCAGGUAUACCAGGAGCGGGUAAAACGAUUGCCACAGCUACGGUGAUCCAUCACCUCCACGCCAAAUUUCAAAAUGACUCUUCUGUUGGCAUCGCAUAUCUCUAUUGCACGUUCAAACAGCAGCAGGAACAAGGGCCAGUUCAUCUGAUGACAAAUAUUUUGAAGCAAUUAGCUAUGGGACAACCGACUUUACCGCCGGCUCUUAAGGACCUCUACUACCGACACAAAGGUCGUCAAGCCCGUCCCUCGCUCAGCGAGAUCAGUUCUACGCUUCAUGAGGUUGCAGCUACCUACUCAAAGACAUUCAUCAUAAUCGAUGCCCUAGAUGAAUGCCAAAUUGUUCAGAAUGAUCUUGAUGUGUUUAUUCGAGAGAUAUUCGGUUUUCAAGCAGUUGUCAAAGCAAAUAUUCUCGCAACAUCUCGUUUCAUUCAGUAUAUUGAGUCGAAAUUCCAGAAGGCUACCAGAAUUGAGAUCCGCGCCGAUGAAACAGACGUGGAAAGGUAUCUUCAGGGCAAGCUGCAAGAUUGCCAAUUUUUGAGUUCACAAAAUGCUUCACUCCGUGAAAGGAUUAAACAUGCGAUUGCCAAGGCAGUUGAUGGAAUGUUUCUUCUCGCGCGGCUUUAUGUUGAUUCUCUAGCCUGCAAGACAACACCAAAGGCCAUUAAGGAGACACUCCAAGAGUUGGAGGCUUUGUCUCAGACCAGAGAUGAGAGUACAAGGGCAAGAGCAUUGGAUAAUGCUUAUGAGCAAGCUAUGGAGCGAAUUCAAGGCCAGGUGCCAGAACAUCGAAAACUCGCUACGCAGGUUUUGUCAUGGAUUUGCUGUGCUAGGAGACGGCUGAAAUUGGCUGAACUUCAACAAGCCCUUGGCAUUGAAGAAAACACAUCCGCGUUUGACGAGGAUGCGAUUCCAAAUCUUGGGCUCAUAGUCUCUACAUGCACUGGCUUGGUGGUUGUUGACAGGGAGAGUGACGUCGUGCGCUUAGUUCAUCACACGACACAAGAAUACUUUCAGCGAACUUGGAAAAGAUGGUUUCCCAAUGCCCAGAUUGAAAUUACGAAGGCCUGUGUCACCUACCUGUCAUUUGAAGCUUUCAAGACAGGGAGGACCGCAAAUAAGUUGGAGGGUAGAGUACCUUCGCGUGCUUUCUGGGCUUAUGCAGCAGUCAAUUGGGGACACCACGCAGUACACUCGCUCGAUGGGGAAAUAUUGGCAUUAACACUGCUUGAGGACCAUGCCUUAGUUUCUGCUUGUAGUAAGGCCAUUUACAUGGUAGAUUUCAGGCUAGGCCGCAGGCGAGAGUAUAUCCCAGGUCUGCAUCUUGCAGCAUAUUUUGGGCUCUCAGAAUCUGCAUCUAUUCUGCUCGACAGGGGUGCUGACGUUAACUCAUAUACUAUCAAUCACCGGACCCCACUCUGGUUCGCAGUCAUGUACGACCAUGCGUCAGUGGUAAAAGUACUGCUUGAUAACGACGCCGAUAUUGAAUGUACAGAUCGACAUGUGAAGACCCCGCUCCAUAUCGCGGCUGAAAAAGGGCAUGGGGAGGUGGUGAGGGUGCUCCUUGAGUAUAAUGCCAGAGUUGAAUCCUCAGAUCUAUAUUUGAAUACUCCACUCUUCCUCGCAGCCAUGCACGGGCAUGAAGAAGUAGCGAGGAUGCUGCUUGAUAAUGAUGCCAAAGUUGAAUCGCCCGGCCGCAUUAGGAGCACCCCACUCCCUCAUUCAGUUCCAAAAGGGCAGGAGGUAGUGGUGACUAUUCUGCUUCACAGUGAUGCCAAUGAUGAAUCUCCAGAUGAUCGUGGCAAGACCCCACUCCACAUUGCAGCUGAAAAAGGGCAUGAGGCAGUAGUGGGGCUGCUACUUGAUAAUGGUGCCAACGUUGAAUCUUUGGACUAUAUUGGCAUGACCCCACUCCACCACGCAGUUAUAGGCGGGCAUGAUGCAGUAGUGAGGCUGCUACUUGAUAAUGGUGCCAACAUUGAGUCUGCAAGCCAAGGUAGUCAGACCGCACUAUCGCUCGCCAUGCACCACGGAAAUCAGAAAGUGAUCAAUCUGCUGUUAAAGAAGAAGGACUGA